CAUUCUUAAUUCUUUCAUUGAUGUGAAGCUGCCAUUUUGCUAUCAAUUUCUGUAUCUUUUUACCUUAAAAUUUGCACGUAAAUCAUUAAGUUUUACAAUAAUUCAGUGCUAAAAAAGUAAUUUGAAGUGAAAGCAAGAAUUUAACAUAAAAAUGGCAGCAAGUGAUUCCAGUACAGAUGAGUCAUUGUACCCGAUUGCUGUGCUAAUUGACGAAUUGAAAAAUGAAGAUGUCCAACUAAGAUUGAAUUCCAUUAAGAAGCUUUCAACAAUUGCUUUAGCCCUCGGCGUGGAGAGAACCAGAUCUGAGCUGAUCCCUUUCUUGACGGAAACCAUUUAUGAUGAAGAUGAAGUGCUACUGGCGCUCGCUGAGCAACUUGGCAACUUUAUCAACCUCGUUGGUGGCGGCGAGUUCGCACACUGCCUGCUACCACCGCUGGAGUCGCUAGCGACGGUGGAGGAAACUGUAGUCCGCGACAAGGCGGUGACAUCACUGAGGGCGGUGGCCGCACACCACACGCCGCAGGCGCUCGAGCAGCACUUCGUACCGCUUGUGCAGCGUCUCGCCGGCGGCGACUGGUUCACUUCGCGCGCCUCCGCUUGUGGACUCUUCAGUGUGUGCUACCCGCGCGUGUCGGCGCCGGUGAAGGCGGAGCUGCGGCAGCACUUCUGCUCGCUGUGCCAGGACGACACGCCCAUGGUGCGGCGCGCGGCCGCCUACAAGCUCGGCGAGUUCGCGCGCGUCGUCGAAGUCGAGUACGUCAAGAGUGACCUCAUACCGAUGUUCGUUACAUUAGCGCAGGACGAGCAAGACUCGGUACGUCUUCUGGCUGCAGAGGCGUGCUCAGCCGUGGCGGCCCUGCUUCCGCCCGAGGAUAUGGAGCAACUGGUGAUGCCGACUGUCCGCGCCAGCGCCGGUGACAACUCCUGGCGUGUGCGAUUCAUGGUCGUUGAUAAAUUCGUUGAGCUACAGCAAGCGGUCGGUCCGGAAUUGACUCGUUCCGACCUGGCUCAGAUCUUCCAAGCUCUACUCAAGGAUACAGAAGCAGAAGUACGCGCCGCUGCCGCCGGCAAGGUAAAAGACUUCUGCAAGAACCUGGAUAAGGCACAUCAAGAACACAUCAUAAUGACAAUGAUCCUGCCACAGAUUAAAGAUUUAGUAUGCGAUCCAAACCAACACGUCAAAUCUGCUCUAGCCUCCGUGAUUAUGGGACUCAGCCCCAUAGUAGGUAGACAGAAUACUAUCGAACACCUUUUGCCUCUGUUCCUCACACAAUUAAAAGACGAAUGCCCUGAGGUGAGAUUGAAUAUUAUUUCCAACUUAGAAUGCGUCAAUGAAGUAAUUGGUAUUCAGCAGUUGGUACAAUCCCUUUUGCCGGCUAUCGUGGAAUUAGCAGAAGAUACAAAGUGGCGUGUGAGACUAGCCAUAAUUGAACACAUGCCAUUACUAGCUGGUCAACUUGGACAGGAGUUCUUCGAUGAGAAACUAACAGGUCUUUGCAUGUCCUGGCUGAUAGACCACGUGUACGCUAUCCGUGAAGCAGCUACCCUCAAUUUGAAGAAAUUGGUUGAACAAUAUGGAUCCCAAUGGGCAGAAACAAAUGUCAUUCCAAAGGUCCUCGCGAUGUCCCGUGAACAGAACUACUUACAUCGUAUGACUUACUUAUUCUGCAUAAAUGUCCUCUCCGAAGUAUGUGGUAAGGAUGUUACGACACGAGUAUUGCUACCCACAGUAUUGUCUAUGGCCGACGACAAUGUUGCCAACGUUAGGUUCAAUGUUGCCAAAACACUGCAGAAAAUGGCUCCAUUCUUAGACCCGGCAGUUAUACAGCCGCAAGUGAAGCCUGUGUUGGAGAAACUCAACGUGGACCCUGAUGUAGAUGUGAAAUACUUCGCGUCCGAAGCGAUUGCAGGCAUCGCGGGCUAAGUCACAAAUAUAGUAAAAUCUUUAUAUGCCAGCAUUUGGACAGUGUGUAUACAAUAUGAACUUAUAUGGUUACUUUUAUACAUUUAUUCAAUAUUCCUACAUAAUUGCUGGCAAUUCAUAUCAGUAAGACCAAAAUAAUAUUAACAAAAAAACACCUUUAAUUUAAAAACAAAUGGAUGAGGUGUUUAAAUAUUCUCCUACAAUUAAAAAAACUUGUCAAAAAUCGGGUCGAAUCGAGAGCAACCUUUUUGAGAUCAAUUAAAAACUAAAAAUUGUUGACCCACCUUAAAGCAAUUUUUGUCCACAGUCUAUAUAGAUCAUAGAUUAAGCCAUAGUACCUGUGAUCUUAAAAUAAAUUAUCCAAUGUCUUACCAGAUACUGGAUAAUUUACCCCUUUACAUCGAAAAAAUGAGAUCACUCUAUCCCUAUUUCAUAAUGUGUACCCACCCCUGCUCAUAGCACUUCUAUAUCUUACUCUUUCUACAGUAUAUAUAAAUCAUGCCAUUGGUAUUCACCAGUACUUAAAAAAAAAACUCCAAUUUAGAUGUUAAAAGUAACCAUAUAUAAGCACAUAUUGUUAGUAUUAAGUUAAAUUUAUUCAGUGUAUAGAAACAUUUGUAGAUUAAUGUGCCACUUAAGAAUAUAAUUUGUUAAAACUGUAUGAACAAGAUAAAACUAUAACGAACUAUAUAUAAAAAUAGGUGAUCGAUCUUGAAAAUACCAUAUUCCUUUUCGUGCAAAAUUGUUAAUUUUUUUAUUAAUUUUUAUCUUUGUAUUUUGUUAAUAAAUUACGCCCUCCCAUCGUAAAACUUGUCAUUCGUUACACCCGUAAAUCGGAGACGCAUUUACACUAUUUUGCACGUAUGUAAUAAUAAUAAAUAAAAAUUUA